AUGGUGACCCGCGCACCCCCAUCUUUGAGGGGUGUUCCCCCUCCCCCCUUCUGCCCUCUGUUGCCUCUGCUGCUGCGGCCAACCUCCUUGCUCUUGAGUCGGUCGGUGCGGCGUCUACCCCUAGCGGGAGACGCCGCCCUGGCAAGGGCAAGGGGAGCAGGGGCACUGGAGGAGCGAGCGGGGGCGGUGGAGGUGGAGGUGGAGGCGGCGGGGGGAGUGGGGGUGGCGGUGGGAGUGGAGGUGGGGGUGGAGGUGUCGGUGGCGGCAGUGGAGGAGGAGGCGGCGGCGGCGGCGGCGGUGGCGGUGGGAGCGGAGGUGGCGGAGGUGGCGGCAGUGGAGGCGGCGGUAGUAACGGAGGCGGCGGAGGCGGCGGGGGUGGCGGUGGAGCUGGUCGCGGGUCUACGCAGAGGAGUGGCUCCGGUGGUGGUCCGCGCCAGCAGCACCAGCGCGGUCGUGAGACCCUGUCCCCUCAGCAGCUCCGUGAGUGGUACACUGCACGCCAGCGGGGUGGGGAUUUUGGUCCGUGCACCUACGUCCUGCGCACCGGCGACCGUGCGGGGCGAGGUGUCUAGGACGGGUGUUGCCAAUUAUGAUCUUGAUUUUGAUGCUAUUCUUUCUGCCAUGUAUGCUGUGUCUAUUAGUGAUGAGGGUGACUGUUACCGGUGUUUCCCCCCCGAUCCGGGCAUUGAGACUGCUGCUCUAGGUACUGGUGAGGCGGCUGCCCUAGGUGCUUGCGACACUGCUGCUCUAGGUGCUAGUGUGUCUGCGUCCUCAGGUACUAGUGAGUCUGCGCUCUCAGGUACUACGUCGGCUUCGGCCUCCCUCACCUUCACCCUUGACUCUGGGGCUUCAUGCUCCUUCUUUCUGGACCGCACCACACUCACGCCGCUUAGUCGGCCGGUUGCGGUGUCUCUGGCUGACCCCUCUGGGGGUCCUGUCCUGUCUCACUUCUCCACUGUCCUCCCGUGUCCGGCGGCUCCCUCUGGCACCCUGUCUGGUCUUUACCUCCCCUCGUUCUCUACGAACCUGGUGAGUGGUGCUGACCUACAGGAUGGGGGAGUCCACCAGUUCACUCCUGCGCGUCAGCGGGUGACGCACUGCACAGAGGCCAGCACAGGCCAACACCUGGCUAUGUUUACUCGUCAGCCGGGGUCGAGCCUGUACACACUGACCACUGCGUCUCCUCCUGUUGCUGAGUCUGGUAGGGUAGCUGCGUCGGGUAAGGUGUUUGCUGCAGCGUCCAGGUCUGGUCCUGAGUCUGCCCCCUGUUCGUGUCGUCUCCUGUCUCACGAGACUCUCCUCUGGCACCACCGCCUUGGUCACCCCUUUCUGCUUCAGCUCAGAGGCAUGGCCUCCCGUCUUCUUGUUUCUGGUCUACCCCGGUCCCUCCCUCCCCCUCCUCAGGGCCCUGGCCCUACCUGUGUCCCCUGUGUCGAGGGGCGCCAGCGGGCUGCCCCUCACUCCUCCCAGUUUCCUCCGACAGAGGCCCCGUUGCAGACGCUUCGAAUGGACGUGUGGGGCCCAGCCCGCGUCCGUGGAAAGGGUCACGAGCGCUACUUCCUGCUCGUUGUUGACGACUACUCGCGUUACACCGCAGUCUUCCCCUUGCGCAGCAAGGGUGAUGUCACUGAGGUGCUGCUCGACUGGAUCCGCGCAGCUCGUCUCCAGCUCAGGCAGAGCUUUGGCUCGGACUUUCCUGUUCUGUAUCUGCACUCGGACAGAGGCGGAGAGUUUUCCUCUGGCCUUUUGAGAGCCUACUGCCGCGCACGAGGCAUCCGUCAGACCUUCACGCUUCCGGACUCUCCGCAGCAAAAUGGGAUCGCUGAGCGCCGCAUUGGCAUGGUCAUGGACGUCGCUCGUACGUCUACGAUGCAUGCGGCUGCUCCCCAUUUUCUGUGGCCGAUUGCGGUGAGGUACGCGGCGCAUCAGAUCAACCUACACCCCAGGGUCUCCAGGCCGGAGACCUCCCCAGCCCUGCUGUGGACAGGAAAGGUUGGCGAUGCGUCGGCGUUCCGGGUCUGGGGAUCUCGGGCGUUUGUCCGCGACUUGUCUGCGGACAAGCUGUCCCCUCGUGCUGCUCCUUGCGUCUUCCUGGGGUUCCCCCCCGACGCGCCUGAGUGGCAAUUCUACCAUCCCACCUCUCGCCGUGUUCUGUCCUCCCAGGACGUCACGUUUGACGAGUCGGUCCCCUACUACCGCCUCUUCCCCUACCGCACUCCGUCCCUCCCCCUGCCGCCGCUCUUCCUUGUUCCAGAUCCCCCUCCGGUAGACCCCCUCCCCCCUCAAAGUCUGUCCCCUUCAGGUGUGUCCCACGUAGACGCAGUCGAGCUUGUCGAGGUCACUUGUGACUCUGGUGCUGCUGAGGGUGCUGAGCCUGGGGGUGCUGGGCCUGGGGAUGCUGAGCCUGGGGGUGCUGAGCCUGGGGGUGCUGAGCCUGGGAGUGCUUUGCCUGGGGGUGCUACAUCUGGUGGAGCCACUCUCUCCAUAGAAGCUGCGCGAGUGGUUUGCCCGACGCUGAGUGGGAGGCGUGCUGCUGGUACUAGAGGUUCUUCGGCUACUGAGGGUGCUGCUGUCGCGGGUCCCAGAGGUGCUCGUACUGGGAGUACUGGAGCUGCUGGGUCUGCGGGUUCGACUGGAGCUGGUGCUGCUGAGGGUGUUGGCGCUGAGACUACUAUUGGCGGUCCUACUGCGGGUACUCCUGGUGCUGCUGGAGGUUCUGGAGCUGCUGGAGGUGCAGCUGGAGCGGGUGCUCCUGCUGAGGGAACUGGUGCUGUCCCUGCUCUGUCUGGCGUCACCGCGCGGCCUCGACCGUACUUUGUUCCACUCCUGAAGCAGGUUCUUGGUCUUCCGCCUUCUACUGGUCCUCCUCCUUCGUUAGAGUGUCCACAGCCUGUCCAGUCACAGUUACAAUUGCAGCCUACCUCCCCUUUGCCUGCUCCUUCUCCCUACUCUGGUCCUACUGGAGGUGUUGCUGAGCGUCGUGAGCCUGCGUCUCGCCCUGCGUCGCCUGUCCGUGCUGGACGCGCUAGUGGUCGUGGUUUGCGUCAGCGUUCUCCUUCUGUCCCUGGCACGCACAGGAUGUCUCUGCGUCCGUCCACUGCUCCUCUGCGUGCCCCUUUGCCUUCUCCUCCUGAGUCCUCUCUUCCUGCUCUUGCCGACCCGGAGUCAGACUCUCUUCGUGCUGCCAGUCCUACUGUCACGCGUCUCUUGGCUACUGUCCUCACUGACCCUUCUUACGAGUCCACUGCUGCGUCUUCCCUAGUUGCUGAGCUCGUCGAAUUUGCUGCUCGCUGUCGCCUAGACUACACUGCUAGUCUUGUCGCUGAGUCCGAGUCUGUCGGUCCUCCGUCUGUCGGGGACCCGGUUGCACUUGACAUCCCGACUCCGCGCUCUUACGCGGAGGCGAUAGAGGGUCCCUACUCCUCUCAGUGGCAGGCAGCUAUGGACACAGAGAUGGCUUCCAGGAAGUCCACAGGCACCUACGUUGACGAGGUUCCCCCGCCUGGGGCGAACAUCGUCAGUGGCAUGUGGAUCUUCAGGGUGAAGCGGCCGCCGGGUUCUCCGCCUGUCUUCAAGGCACGUUACGUGGCUCGUGGCUUCAGUCAGCGGCAGGGAGUUGACUACUUUCAGACCUUCUCUCCCACCCCGAAGAUGACCACUCUUCGGGCGCCACGUGAGUGGCACGACACACUGAGAACUACACUGGCGGCUCUUGGGUUUGCUCCUUCUACUGCCGACGCGUCGCUGUUUCUGCGCACCGGCACCUCUCUGCCACCGUUCUACAUCCUCGUGUACGUCGACGACUUGGUCUUUGCCACAGCUGACACUGCUGGACUCGCCUACGUGAAGUCCGAGCUGCAGAACAGACACACGUGCACUGACCUGGGUGAACUGCGCAGCUACCUUGGCUUGCAGAUCACCCGGGACAGAGCACGCCGCACCAUUACCCUGACUCAGUCACACAUGGUGCAGCAGGUCCUUCAGCGCUUCGGCUUCACGUACUCCUCGCCUCAGGCCACUCCUCUGCCUACCCGCCACUCGCUCUCAGCUCUGCCUUCGGAUGAGUCCGUAGAGUCGAGUGGCCCGUAUCCAGAGCUUGUUGGCUGCCUCAUGUACUUGAUGACCUGCACACGACCUGACCUUGCAUACCCUCUUAGCAUUCUCGCACGCUAUGUUGCUCCUGGGAGACACCGACCAGAGCACAUGGCUGCAGCGAAGAGGGUGUUGCGCUACUUGUGCAGUACGUCGGGCAUGGGGCUAGUGCUUGGAGGGCGCAGUCCAGUGGUCCUCACUAGGCACGCGGACGCUUCUUGGGCUGACGACCAGGCUACGCAGCGGUCCUCACAGGGUUACACCUUCAGCCUUGGUUCCGGCUCUGUUUCGUGGCGGGCUACUCGCUCGUCUUCUGUUCUCGGCUCCAGUUGUGAGGCUGAGAUCUACGCAGGGGCCAUGGCUGCACAGGAGCUUCGCUGGCUCACCUACCUGCUGACUGACCUCGGAGAGACGCCUCGUUCUCCUCCAGUGCUGUACGUAGACAACAAGGCCAUGCUGGCCUUGUGUCGAGAGCAGCAACUGGAGCACAGAACAAAGCAAAUUGCUCUCCGCUACUUCCUUGCUCGUGAGCUACAGCAGUGUGGACAGUUACGGCUUGCGUAUGUGGCCUCUGAGGCCAACACUGCUGAUGUUUUCACCAAGGUACUUUUGCCUUGUGAUCAUCAGCGCUUCUGCACUCAGCUGGGUCUUGUCCCUGUCUUGCCUCACUUGCUCACCUCUUGA